AUGGGUGACAGUGAUAAGCCCCUCAUGAGAUAUUCCACCUCUGAGAUGGCAAAAGAUGUGCUCGAGAUUCUCGAGCACGUGGGCUGGCUCGAUAGACCUAUCUCCCCACCAGCCCGUACUCUGCAUUUUGUCGGUCUUUCCAUGGGAGGAAUGAUACUUCAAGAGAUAGCUUGUCUCAUCCCUGAGUACGUCAGCAGCCUAAACCUCUGCUGCACGGCCGCUGCCAUCGAGAACACCACUACCUUCUGGGAAAACAUGAUCAACCGCGCUUCAAUGUUGGUGCCAAAGUCACUGGAGAAUUCUGUGCGGUCCACUGCGCGACAGAUCUUCACACUCAAGUAUCUCGCGGGCCAAGACAAUGCACACCUGCCCGACCCAGCAGCGACGACCAAGGUCAAUCCGCCCCCAGGUGGUGGCGAGUACCUGCGGUUCGGAACUAACUAUGAGCGCUUCGUGGCACAGGAGAUGCAUAAGCGGCUUGAUCCCAAGCGCUUCGGCACCAAAGGCUUCAUGCUGCAGUUGAUCGCCGCAGGCUGGCACCACAAAACAGCGACACAACUGGCCGAGAUGGCCGACAAGGUUGGACGCGAACGCAUACUCGUCUUACACGGCGUCGAGGACGGCAUGAUAUCUACGCCCCAUGGUCGGAAGCUGAUCGAGUAUAUCAACCCGGGCGUAGGGAUCAUUAGGGAGAACCUCGGCCAUGCGCCAGUCCUGGAGGAUACCGAUUGGUUCAAUGCCUUACUGACAGAGCAAUUCGAAAAGGGCGAGAAACUGGAUGGUAGGGCAUGA